AAUAAAAACAAAACACGGAAGAGAGGCAAACGGAGCGGGAAAAAUGCUAACUUUGAAACAGCUAGCCUGCUGAAUAUUUGUGUAAACAGAAGAAAACGGUUCCGGACGGUAACUAAACGGACCUUGUUUGAUUAACCACAUUUAAUUAGGGUGUGAUAAUUUCUGGGCUUACUUAAGAUAAAGCUAAAAAGUCAGUGAGGACGCCAUUUCUGCCCGGAAAGGACUGUUUGUGUUUCCUGUGAGGACUUCUUGACACCAGCUGCUGUUUGGUUUCAUCUCUUCGUAGGACUGACACUAAAACCGUUACUUGCUGCACAUUUCUUCUGCUCGUCCUUCUCUCACAUGAACACUUGAUAAUCUCCCAUCAAUGAAGCGGCUGAGAGCGGUCGACUUCAGCCACCGUCUCCCCACGUGUGUGUGUCAUAAGGAGUGUGUGCAUGUGUGUGUGUGCUUUGGGGUGAUGUACUCUACGUACCAGGACCGGCAGGAGUUGGAGGAUGAGCUCUAUCAAGAGGAUGAAGGCGACUCGGACGCCUCAGAGGCCAACAGCGAGCUGGAGUUCCACCUCUAUAGCCAGCUCCACUACUCCUCCAAUGCCGGAGAGGUGGAGGAGCAGGAGGACAGAGGGGAGGAGGCGCAGGGCCAGGACAGCCAGCGGCUUGAGGUGACUGAGAGGACUACAGAUGUUGACGGAGAACAGGAACACACUGGAGAAAGUAGGCCUACGUCACCUGAUAUAAGCAAGUUACUGCAAGACCUGAGGGCGAGGAAGAAGGGAGAGAAACGUGACAAACAGAAGAAGGAGAAAAGUAGUCUCAAAGGUCAGAGGUCGUCUUUUUUUGAGGAGGUCAUCGUGAUCGACUCCGGCCCGGAUGUCAUCUCCAUCUCCGAGGGCGACACUGCCGAUGAGGAUGAAAGUAUCUGCGCCUUAAAGGCUCGAGACUUACCGCAGAUGCAGACUUCCACCCCGGCACAUGAGGGAUCCCAGAAGAGAAAGAGGGAUCUCAGCGGGCCAGUGAUGGUGGACUCCAGCAGCUCCAAAUCAGAUUCAGAAGAGUCAGAGUCUGACUCCUCGGGUUCGUCUGAAUCGUCCGACUCGUCCGACUCUGAGUGUCUGGAGAACUGGAUGAUCCUGGGCCCAGGGAAUCAGGACGGAGACCGGUCCAUCUCAUUGAACCUGGAGGGAGGUUCUGACAGCGAUGCAGAUGGAGGAGAAGAAGAAGGAAGGACCAGCUGGGUGGUUUCUGAUAAGGACAAGGAGGCUCAGAUCUACAACAAAGACAAGGGUGCCAGGAUAACGGUGCAGCGGAUGUCAAACAGAUACUACACCGACAAGAGCGUCCAGUGUAGAAACUGCAACAGGCACGGACAUCUCUCCAAGAACUGCCCAGAGCCCAAAAAGCUGUCGCCCUGCUUCCUUUGCGGCACCCCGGGCCACAUGGUCAGUCACUGUCCAUAUAAGCACUGCAACAACUGCGGCCUGCCCGGGCACCUCUACGAGUCGUGCAGCGAGCGAGCGUACUGGCACAAACAGUGUCACCGCUGCAGCAUGACGGGACACUUCUUUGACGACUGUCCAGAGAUCUGGAGACAGUAUCACAUCACGACUAAGGCAGGUCUUCCAGUGAUGCAGGAGGGAGAAGACCACGGACGAAGCCCUGCAUACUGCUACAACUGCUCCAGGAAAGGACACUUUGGUCACGCGUGUACGCAGCGGAGGAUGUUCAACGGGACGUAUCCCAGCACCCCGUUCAUCAACCACUACGACACUGUGGACGACAUCAACCGCAGACAGAACAGGAUCAGAAUGAAGGUUAAAGAUCUGAAGAAAAAUGGAUUUUUCCUUGCCGGUCCUGGGACACCUCUCACUCCAGGACCGCCAGAGAAGAAACAGAAAGUCAACAACCACAACACGCCUCAGCAGAGCACUAACAACCACAAACCCGGCCGGGGCAACCACAUUUUUUUUAACGACAAUCAUGACUUUAAUGCACCGACACCCAAAAAAAAUAAGUACAAUAAAUACAAACCGGAAAGCACCGGCAGUGUGAAACCGUGGAAACCAAAGAGACCGGUGCCCAACUCGAGAGACCCGCCAGCUAGAAUAAUUCUUGAUGAAGCAGACGACUUCCCAAGAGGUGGAAGCAAAGCAGCGGGUAUAGAUAUGAAGAAGAAGAAGAAAAGGAAGAAGGAGCGGACGCAGAAAAUAAAGCCGGUUUCUUCAGAGACGCCAAACGGACGCAGACGCGGCAGACCGGACCAUCUCUUUGGGAACGGACAGACGCCAGGCUCGGACUCGAAACCAGAGAAAGCAAAGAGGAGGAAGAGAAACCGAGCCCAGAGGGUCGCUGACAAAAAACUUGCCGGGCAAAUGUACCCGACGGAUGAGAACCUGUUUAUCAUCAAACAGAGGAAACGCAAGAGCAGAUAGCAUCGGUUUGAGUGAGGGGCGGCUGUCAGUGCUGCGACCUCUGCGACCUGCGUUACAGUAUCUGUUCACGACAUUCAGAGACGUGAAGAGGUGUGAAUAAUAAAAUUUAAUAACGUCUGAAUCGAUCUGCUUCACUUUCAGCGUCUGCCACGCUCUCGUGGUUUACUUGAGGAGAACAGAGUCAUAGUUUAAAGGACAGGGUCACAACUUUUCAAAACAUUAGUCAGGCGUCCAUGUGGACACUAGAACAGGUCGUUCAUGUUUGUACUGCAACAAGAGCUGUGCAAAAUAUGUUCAGAAGUUUAUCUGACAGUAAUUUGAGGCUUCAACAGUCUAAAGUUCGACAAAUUAAGCGGACGUCUUAAAAAUAUUUUGUCUUUUUAGUGCAGAAAUCCUUCAGAGUGACAGAAGGAAAAGCAUUUUAAAGAUUAUUUUGAAGACAUCCACAUGAACUUCAGAUGAUUACUUUGUAUUGUUCAUAAACCCACCUGAUUAUUGUUUGAAGAUGGGACCCUGUCCUUUUAUUGGCUCCGCUGUGUUUUUACUCUGACGUCUUUACUGUGGAAAAAAGUCUUGUGUGUCUGACGCUGGUCAGUUUGAGAAUUUACAUCCCAGACUCAAACAUCGGCAUCACUUCAUGACGUUCUCACGUCUGAAUUACCGUACUGGAAAUGGAAAAUAUAAAUGAUUUAGUUCUAUCAACCUGUAAGGGUUUCAAAAGAUUGUUUAAUUAACGAUUAAAAUAGCAUCGUUGCCAUUUUUUCAUCUCUUUAUUAACAUUUUUUGCACUUUGCAAAACUUGAAUCAGAAACACGCUGCUGUUCUGAAGGACGGUGAGAUGAUUUCAUCGAGCCUCUGCUCUGAACGUUUCACUUCUGCUUUCUGCAGUUGGAAGCAAAGGAUGGAGAAUUUUUUAAUAUACUUGAAGGGAUGCCUUUUUUCUACGACGCUCAUUUGUAAAUGAUGUAAAUAUAUGAACAUACUGUGAAAACAUCUUUUACACAGAUCUGCAGACGGUCACCUCGCCAGAUCGCAUCACGAACACGCAACCCUGACAGUAUCAAGUUCAAACCAUCCGCUAUUUAAGUUCAGUUCUUACAUGGUCUUAUCUUAUAACACAAUAAAAUCCUAAUAUCAUCAUAACAUGAAUACGGGUUAUGUCUGUUCACAUCGGUUCAUUCAGUAACUUUCAACUGUUCCACAGUCAUUCAUGUGAUUUAUGAAGAUGAUUCAUUAAAAUCAUUUGGUUCCACUUCA